CUCGGAUCUUUGAGCCUUGCCCAUUGCCUUGACCCCGCCGUCACAAUCACAGUGAGAGAACUCGUGCAGAAGAGAUUCUCAGAAGUGGAAGCACAUUUUGCUCUACAUCGGAGUGGAGAAGAAUAUCAAAGCAGGUAUCUUGUCACUUAUAUGAUUGAAGCAAAUCUGACUUCACCGGAGGAGGCUCUCAGCCACGAGCAGAUUAUCGAAGAUAUCCUUCAAUUUAUCAUCUCUGGACAUGAAACAUCGACAGGACCGUUGACGUGGACAAGAUAUGCACUUGCAAUGAAUCCAUCGAUGCUGGGUCGGUUCCUGGAGGACAUCCUCAGCGCCACGAAGAAUGGUGUCACGGCCUGGACAAGCUGUGGGGGUGGAAAUGGGUGUAUAUUGGUAUGUUUGUAAAUGAAUGAUGGUGCCCUAAGGGCGGUGAAGAAGCUAUAUGUGCGCCGCCUGUGCGCAGCACGUGACAAAUGGCAAAGGGGAAAUAGAUUAUACCACGAUCGACAGUAUGUAAUCUUACAUUCUCAAC